AUGGUACGAGGUAGGGCGACAGGCAGAGGAGUCCGUCGCGGAAGCGCCACGUCUGCUGGUGGGCGAGCUCCUCCGCCAGAGGCAAGCGAAGCACCCGACAACAGCGGAGCGUCGAAUGAACCCACGACAGCGACUCCCGCAACGUUGGACGAAGCAGUAGCCUCAUCUUCGAGCACAAAUAGAAUCUCUACGCGCCGAGGAGGCACAGCUGCUGGAGCUCGUACGACUACAGGAGGGCGACUCAAACCAAAGAUCCUUCGAAGAGAUGAAGCAGAUAGAGACAAGCUAGCCCGUCAAGAGGAGCGGAAAGCCCAUGAAAGAGCAGCCGCUGAGAGGAGAGCACGUGGUCGCUCACGAAAUCGAAGCAAAAGGAGUCGAGGCGAUGCAAUGGGUGCCAGGGGAGGCAGAGGAGCUUCCACUGCCAGUGGCCCGUUCUCUAGUGGCUUUGCCGGGGGUGGUAUGUCGCCAGUCACAUUCAAAAAGCACGCUUCACUCAAUUCUAACUUAAUGAUGAAUGCAGGUGGUUCAGCAGGCGGUGGUUGGUUCGGUGGUGGUAGCGGCGCUGCCGCAGGAGGAGGCUUUUAUGGUGGCAGAGGAAAAUCCGAAUCGAAGGGCAAAGGAUUUGCUGAAGCCGAUGUUCGAAUGCGCGAGGCAAGAAUCAAUGCAGACAAACUUCACGUCAUGACACCCGAGGAGGAGCUCGAUAGCGACGAUGAGGCAAUGAUGGCAGCGCUGAGCGGUCGUACUGCCAUCACAAUGCCCAUGGGUAUAUACAGACGAGAACAUAAAGAACAAGGGGUUGUUGUGGCCACAACGGCGGAACUUGAAGCUGCUGAAAAUGCUACUGGAGAGGAAGAAAGCUUAUGGGUCGAUGGAGAGGGGUCUGGCAACUUGCCACCCAUGGAUCAACCAGAAGAGGGCGUGUGGGAUACAGAUGGAAAGAGGGUAUUGAUCAAGAAGGAGCCAGAUACUGAGGACCCGAUGGAUCUAGACACAGCGAUUGAUGUUGCGUCAGCGGAUGAAGAGAAGAAGGCAACUCUGGCUACGAAGCCCAAGAAGGAGCUACCAAAAGACCCCGAGGAGAGAGCCAUUCAAACAGACUUGGAUCUACUAGCCGGUGAACUCGGAGCCAUCACAGUUACAGACGAAUCGGGAGAAACACGAACUGAGGGGCCGUCCAACAAGGAUGGACGUCUAUAUCUGUUCCAAUUUCCACCACUGAUCCCUCCUUUGAGGGAAGUAGCACAGCCUCGACGCAAGACGAAAGUCAAGGCAGAAGGCGAUGAUUUCAAUAUCAUGGACGCUCCAAGCGCUACCGACGCCGCGGUCGACUUGACCCAGGAAGAUUCCAGCAGAGACUCAGACAAUGACGACGCUGGUGACGAGCAGGAGACGGAGGGAUUCCGCUCCCAAUUUUUAUCUCAUGGAGGCAUGAUUGGCAAGCUCAACGUUCGCAAGUCAGGCAAGGUAGAGCUCGACUGGGGCGGUAUGACACUGGAGAUGAGUCCAGCAGCGGGUAUGAACUUUCUGACAACGGCGGUUAUUGUUGAAGAAAAUGAUGAAAAGCCGCAACAAGGAGUUGCAGGCGGUGAUGGUGUUGGCAUGGGCAAGAUUAUGGGACGGUUCGUCCUCGCUCCCAUAUGGAGCGAAGAAGAGGACUGGAACGUUGCACCUCAGGAGUUAUUUGCAGAAUGA